AUGGCCUCGCAAGGUACCGGAUACGAUCUUUCUUCGAGUACCUACUCGCCAGACGGCAGGAUCUUCCAGAUCGAGUAUGCUGCGAAAGCAGCCGAAAACGCGGGCACCGCCAUCGCCAUCAAGACCAAAACGGGUGUUGUGGUCGCCGUCGAGAAGCUCGUCCAGUCCAAGUUGCUCGUACCCGGUUCUAAUCCACGCAUCUACAACGCCGCUCCACACAUCGGCAUGGUCUCAGCAGGCCUCAUCGCCGACGGCAAGCACUUGGCUACACGUGCGCGCUCCGAAGCCGUCUCGCAUCUCGACAACUACCGCUUCCCUUCGCCCGUCAAGACGCUGGCCGACCGCGUCGCCUACUACGUCCAAGCCUACACGCUUUACUCUUCGGUACGCCCUUUCGGCGUCAGCACCAUCAUCGCCGGAGUCGAUGACAACAAGGGCCCGCAGAUCUACAUGAUCGAGCCAUCGGGCGUGUUUUGGGGCUACAACGGCUGUGCCGUCGGCAAAGGCAGACAGCUCGCAAAGACCGAGAUUGAGAAGCUCGAUUUGGACAAGUUGACGCAGAAGGAGGCCGUGGAGGAGGCGGCAAAGAUCAUCUUCAAGGUGCACGACGAUGCCAAGGACAAAGACUUUGAGCUGGAGGUCAGCUGGAUCGGACCGGAGAGCAACGGGGUACACACGACAGUGCCCGCAGACUUGAGACAGGAGGCUAUCAACAAAGCCAAGGAGGCCUUGGAUGACGAGAUGGAGGACUAG